UGGGAUCAUCUGAGUCGGGCCACUCAUCGGACCGGGAGCGACAGUGGAGCGAUGGCGGCGAUGCGAUCGGGAUUCCGGCGCCUCUUCUCCAUCUCCGCCUUCACGCCCCCGACUCCAGCUGCCGCUGCCCCGCCGGCGGAGCCUUCCACUAACCUCUUUAUCUCAGGACUUAGCAAGCGAACAACGUCGGAAGGACUCAGAGAAGCUUUUUCAAAGUUUGGGCAAAUAGUCUAUGCUAGGGUUGUGACUGACCGCAUUUCUGGGUUUUCCAAAGGAUUUGGGUUUGUGAGGUAUGCAACAUUAGAAGAAGCAGCAGAAGGCAUAAAAGGCAUGGACGGCAAGUUUCUCGAUGGAUGGGUUAUUUUUGCCGAGUACGCCAGACCAAGACUACCCCCGUCAGGCCCGACACAACCACAGACACCACCUCCCCAAACAUCAGAACCAUCAUCUGGUUUUUAACAGAGCUUGAGCUCCAUCAAAGCUUCCUCAUUCAUGAGAGGCUACGAAUCAUUAAAGCAGAUUCUUUUUUUGCAAAUUUAAAUUACUUGGUUUUCCCUGGUGUGCAAUAAUUCUCUUAAAUGGGAGGGUUAGGUUGCACAAGUGCUGCCAUUGGAGACUGAUGCGAACUUGAAGAACAUGAUGCCCAUAAACUUCUAGUGUACCCAUGGACUUGUCUUUUAGUAUCUUGGCUGGAAGCGAGACUUCUUCAUGAGAGAUAUGUAUGUUGUGCCACACGGUUAAUUCUCUGUUUUACAAAUUAGACUUUACUUGGUUGUGCUUAA